AUGAGCAGGGUCAGUUUGAAUUGCUUUUGUCCCCCGUUUCCAGCUGCAGAUCUUCUGCGCAGUCACUUGGAGUGCAACUUUGGAAGCUCCGACCCUGCUGCGCGGCCUGCGCAUCGGCUGGGCAUAUUCUCCCGAGGUUCGUGCUGCUGCAGCAAAUGCAAGAUCCACUUGCCAAGAAAAAGCUGCUUCCUCGCUGCUUGCUGGCAGCUCGUGCAGCUUUCCGUUUCCGCGGACGGGCGAAACUGGACAGUGGCGAGCCCGUUCAAGAGAACUCCGAGCAGCGAAGGUCCGCCCGACUCUGCACUUUUGCUGCUGCUGCUGCUGCGAGCUGCGCGGGCUCAGUGGCCUUCAACGAAGACCUUUUCUUCGACCACCCGCGCACAGUGCGGGCGGUGGCCAUUGCAAUGCGCAAGGCGCUGCACGACUACUUCGGACUCAAUCUCGUGGAGCCGCUGGAGACUGGCGAGCCGCUGCUCAUGA